UUGGCGGUGACCGUGUCACGGCGGUGACCCAGCGAGAGGAAGGCGGCGGCAGCCGGAAGUCGCUGCCGCUCUGGGUUCGUUUUGGCAGUUAGAGGCGCGGGGCUGGUAGCCCGGAGCAGCCUGGGGGAGUAAUCAGGUGGAAAUUUAGAAUUGUUUGGAGUCAAUACUGUGAUUCCAACCAUGGGCUUGUCUGUAUCUACUCCUGCUGGUGCAGUUCAGACCUCCACUGCUUCAGAUCCUCAGACAGCACCCUCACCUUCAGGAUGCCCAAUGCAUGAAGGAAAAAUGAAAGGAUGUCCAGUGAAUGCGGAACCCUCUGAUUCAACCUGUGAAAGCAAAACAUACUCUGUGCCUGCCCACCAAGAACGUGCUUACGAGUAUGUGGAAUGCCCUGUUAAGGGUGCUGCUUUUGACAGUAAGGAGAACCUCGAUCCAUCAAAUCUGAUGCCACCACCUAAUCAAACUCCUGCACCAGAUCAGCCGUUUGCACUGUCUACUGUGAGAGAGGAGUCAUCUAUUCCAAGAGCAGACUCAGAGAAAAAAUGGGUUUAUCCUUCUGAGCAAAUGUUCUGGAAUGCAAUGUUAAAGAAGGGGUGGAAGUGGAAAGAGGAGGAUAUUAGCCAGAAAGAUAUGUAUAAUAUCAUUAGAAUCCACAAUCAGAAUAACGAACAGGCAUGGAAGGAGAUACUGAAGUGGGAAGCCCUUCAUGCUGCGGAGUGUCCUUGUGGUCCAUCAUUGGUCCGGUUCGGAGGAAAAGCAAAACAGUAUUCACCAAGGGCAAGAAUUCGUUCCUGGAUGGGGUAUGAGUUGCCUUUUGAUAGGCAUGAUUGGAUCAUCAACCGUUGUGGGAAAGAAGUUAGGUAUGUGAUCGAUUACUAUGACGGUGGCGAAGUGGACAAGGACUACCAGUUCACCAUACUGGAUGUCCGUCCCGCCUUGGAUUCAUUUUCAGCCGUAUGGGACAGAAUGAAAGUCGCUUGGUGGCGUUGGACCUCAUAACCACUGUUUUGCUUCAGGUGGAAAAAUAUAAACUAUUUUUUUUGUGAGAGAUAAAUUAAACUAUUUUCCUCA